AUGGUAAAUGUGCAUGAAGGGGAAUGUCCUUCAUAUGCUAUAGUACGUCGUAGCUUCAACGAGUUUAAACGCGGUCUUUUGGACUUGCAAGACGACACAAGUGUCCACAGUUUGAACAUUUCGUAUGACAGAGCUCUCACAAUCAUUGAUGAAGUUCGGGAGCAUUGCGAUGUCCCCGACAAGGAUCAGCUGGAAGACAAGCUAGACAAGCUAAUCCGAAAUCUCCCCCAUGAGCACGUGGCCAACCAGACAAAACUAGAAAUACUGCCUCGCGCCAUCUUUUUAGAAGAGGGAACUCUCUAUGGCCUCGACCUCCUCGAGCAAGACAGACCCUACAAGACGUUUUGCCGCGGAAAGGACACAGUCACCGUGUUCAGCGUUCGUUCCAGGUUCUCAAUGCGGAUGCGAAUCCCCUGGAGUCUUUGUUCGGGACACAACGGCACCAUCAUCUCAAACGCUCACUUUGUCAGGUUUGAGGGAGAGCUCGUGACAACGAAAACAGACUCAGGCACAGAAUAUAGAAUCAAAAAUGUGUUUCCGGUCGUACUAGAAGGCUUGUACUUCGGAAUGAUCGGCGGUGGAGAUAUUGUGUAUGCAAUUUCGAGCGCGCUGGGAGUUAUCCUUUCUGGACUCGUCAGAGUACUUUGGGUCCAAGGAAUAACACCUUUCGUCGAAGAUGCGUUUCAGCAAGCUCUGAAUGAACUGAAUUAAUCCCGCACGUGUCCCCGCUUCAAGAGUCAUUCACCUGUUCCAAGCACAAGCUGG